UACCACAGGAACUAUAUCAUCAUAAUCGUCACGCCGAUUGUAUUCCUUCCUCUGCCUCUCGUCUAUCCUUCAUCGGUGAGUGAAGCCAGAUGUGGCUACGCGAUCAUCCUCAUGGCACUGUACUGGUGCACAGAGUGCAUGCCUCUGGCUGUGACUGCCUUACUGCCAGUCGUCCUCUUCCCUAUGAUGGGCAUCAUGAAGGGUGGAGAGGUCAGUAUUGAGUAUCUGAAAGACUCGAACAUGCUGUUCAUCGGAGGUCUGCUGGUGGCCAUCGCGGUCGAACACUGGAACCUCCAUAAACGAAUCGCUCUCCGGGUUUUGCUGCUGGUUGGUGUUCGUCCAUCACUGUUAAUGAUUGGCUUCAUGAGCGUCUCGGCGUUCCUGUCCAUGUGGAUCAGCAACACAGCCACCACAGCCAUGAUGCUACCAAUCGCACAUGCUGUGCUCCAGCAGCUGAAAGAUACAGAGAUCCAUGCAAAUGAGCGUGAUCUCCAGGCCCAAGCUGCGGACAACCACGCAUUUGAGCUGGAAGUUCAAACCAAGCCGGAGACGAUACACGAAAGAGACACACAGGAUCCUGUGUAUGUACAUGACACACAGCGAGAGUUCAGAGAAAAAGCCAUAGAAGCGAAGUAUGACCUUCUGACCAAAGGGAUGAGUCUUAGUGUGUGUUACUCUGCCAGCAUUGGAGGCACGGCCACGCUCACAGGGACCACGCCUAAUCUCAUCCUCAAGGGCCAAAUGGACGAGAUCUUCCCUAACAAUACUGAUGUGAUCAACUUUGCCAGCUGGUUUGGUUUUUGUUUUCCCAGCAUGGUGCUCAUGCUGGUGCUCGCCUGGUUCUGGCUUCAUUUUAUGUUCCUGGGCUUCAAUUUGAAGAAGUCAUUUGGCUGUGGUGAGAAAAGUGAAAGCGACAGAGCGGCAUACGCAGUGAUGAAGGUGGAGUACAAGAAGCUGGGAUGUAUCAAGUUUGCAGAGGUGGCGGUGCUCAUCCUCUUUAUCUUGCUCGUGCUUCUGUGGUUUUUCAGAGAGCCGGGCUUCAUGCCUGGCUGGGCCACAGUGCUGUUCAAUAAGGAUGCUGUGUAUGUGACAGACGGAACGGUUGCCAUCCUAAUGGCAUCGCUCUUCUUCGUCAUCCCCUCUCAGCUGCCGUUUGGCAAUUAUGGAUACACAAAUGAAGGUAAGAGGAUAAAGGCUCCACCGGCUCUGUUGACCUGGAAGGUGGUUCAUGAACGAAUGCCCUGGAAUGUAGUGCUGCUGUUGGGGGGAGGUUUUGCUCUUGCUGCUGGCAGUGAGGUAUCAAAUCUAUCCAAGUGGUUGGGAGAAAACCUGUCACCUCUUCAGACUAUUCCCCCCUUUGCUAUCUCACUGGUGCUUUCCCUACUUAUUGCCACAUUCACCGAGUGCUCCAGUAACACAGCUACCACCACCCUGUUCCUGCCCAUAUUGGCGUCAAUGGCCCAAAAUAUUAAGCUCCACCCACUCUACGUGAUGCUGCCCUGCACCAUUGCUGCCUCUCUGGCCUUCAUGCUACCUGUGGCCACACCACCCAAUGCCAUUGCCUUUUCUUUUGGAAACCUCAAAGUCCUAGAUAUGGUGAAAGCUGGUUUCAUGCUCAACAUCAUCGGGAUCCUGUGCAUUAAUUUAGCCAUCAACACCUGGGGAAGAGUCAUGUUUAACUUGGACACUUUUCCAGAUUGGGCCAACACUACAGAUAGUGAACCUUGA